CCUUCCUUCCUUCCUUCCUUCCUGCUGCGCCCGCGCGCUUCGAGGUAUGGAGCCGAGCCUCCGGUCGGCCGGCACCCCCUGAGGAUCCCGGAAGCCGCCCCCGCCAUGGAAGAAGACCAGGAGCUGGAGAGGAAAGCAAUAGAAGAACUGCUUAAAGAGGCAAAACGUGGGAAAACAAGAGCAGAAACGAUGGGACCUAUGGGUUGGAUGAAGUGUCCUCUUGCUGGCACCAAUAAAAGAUUUCUAAUUAACACAAUUAAGAACACACUGCCCUCCCAUAAAGAGCAAGACCACGAACAAAAAGAGGGCAGUAAGGAACCUGCGAAAAGCCAGGACCAGAAGGAGGAGAGCCGGCAGAAGCACAGAGCCCACCCUUACAAGCACAGUGUCCACGCCCGGGGCACCACCCGUCGUUCUCCGCCCAGGAAGCGGGGCAGCCAGGAGAAGUCCCAGAAGCGGUCCAGCAAGCGGUGAGGCAGGGACGUAGGGCGAGCGACACUGUCCCAGAGCCUGGGCCUGGGGUGAUGCAGACACAUGGCUAAGGACAGGCCUCUGCUAGCGGCGCAAACACCUAAGGGGGAUUUUCCAGCAGGGCUGCUGUUGUGCCCACGGAAAGUCACCUGAAACUCCAAGGAGAGCGUUCAAAGGGGAUGCUCUGAAGACGUCUUGGCAAGUUUAAGUUGCUUCAGUGGUGUAAUAUACUUAUGUAUUGUCUUUACUCUGUCUUGUUUGGAAGUUGGUUUCAAAACAAAUCUAGAACUUAAAAGUUUUUAGCGCUUAUUAAAAUUAGUUCCACUUUUUUUUUUGGUGUACUGCACUUGUCCUUUCUCAAAAUUUCUCAAAAAAUAAAAUACCUGUAAACCCUAUACUUUACUUUUUUGGGUGACAAAUUUAAAUUUUAGAAAUCUGGUGAGUAGCCAUAUUUAUGAAAAGGUGUGGCCCUCCAAGGGCUAGAAAUUCACCAAGAAACUCCAAUAGCCCUGCACCUACUGUCCUUUAAGUGAACAAUGUAGGAAAACCACAAAAUCCUCUUGAAUUUAGUGUCCCUGUCAAUACCCAGAGGUUAAAAAAUCAUCUCCGUUGUUUCCUGUGCAUUCUCAAACUCAUUCCUGAGAUAGAACAAUUUUUCUAAACUUUGGGGAGAAUAUGUAUGUCUUAAGUGGUGCUUUAAAAAGAACCUUCAGAAGUUAAAAUGAACAUUAUUUUCGUGCUGUCUUAUUUAGCUAAAGACCUAUGAUGCCACUCUUAGUAUAGCUGUUUCAGAAAUCUGAAUUUUAAAUAAAAGUUUGUUUACAAUGCCUUUCUUUGUUUUUUCAGUAUCAGUGUGGCUCUGUUUUAACAUACAAUUAUAAACUUUUCAAACCUAUAUUCUUCCUUUCCUACUCAGGAAAAUGUCACCAAGCACCCUCUUCCCCCAUCCACAAAAGGAAGAAGAAUCUAAGAAGAAUCUCUCUGUCUAUAGCAGCCCCCCCCCCCGCCCCCAAUUUCCAAAGCAUCCAAGCUUAUGCCUGGCUGCUUCCAGAUAAUCACUCGACACAGCCCUGCUCCCUGCUUCCUGGCAGCCGAGAAAAACCCUUUCUAAGUGCUAGAAAGGAGCACAUCCGCAGAGCUAGCUUUGGGGUGUGCUGAAUGGGCGCGUACUGCUCCCCCCGCCGAGCUGCACCACCACACCUGCCCAGUCGCUCUGAGCCCAGAGCUCAGGGGCCCAAGCCCAGAGCUUUCCCACUCUGC